GCAGCCUGCAGCUCCAAGCAGAAGCAUCUCUUAAAAGUUGGUUCUACAGUUUAUCAACAUUCAUGCGUGACAGGAGAAACACUUAAAGCAUGAAGCUUUUAAAAACAGAAAACUGAACUUUGAAUGGGUCCAAAAUCUUUUGUUGCUUGUUAUAUUUGCUUUAAAGAGUUCGGAACUAGUUCAAUACCAUUCCAUGAACCCAAAUGCUUAGAACGUUGGCGUGCCUCCAAUAGAAAUUUACCAGUUGACAAACGAACCACUACUCCAGUCAAAUCGUCUGGUUGGAAACACAGCCAGGCUAGCACUUGGGUUUGCUCCCACUGUCAAGUCAGCAAUCCUGUUGCGAAAGGGGAGAAAAAUAACUCUUGCCUGCAGAAAAAGUGUGAAUCCUGUUCUUUGUUGAACAACAGUGGACCAUUUAAUAGGAUGACAGGUGUAGUCAAGUCGGAUUAUUCCUCGCCCAAAAAGGGCAAAGAAAAUAAAAACUUUUCUAAUCAUAUUCCCACGUCUAAUGUGUCCAAAAAGAAUGCCAAAAACGCAUCCAAAACAGAUGCAAAAGAACUUGAAACUUCGAAAGGCGAGGACGUUAGCGAUCAGACAGCACAAAAGACAGAGGAUUCAUCUGAAAAUGUAGACCCAAAGAGCGAAGAAGUGGUGAAUUCGACAAGCAAGCGCUCAAUACGACCACAAACCAAAAUUCUCAGAAGGCCAACUCCCAACCUCAAGCAUCCAGUGAUACAAGUUGAUUCGGAUGACAGCAGUGGAGAUAGUAGUUCCUCAGACAAAGGGAAAGAAGACAAUCCAAAGCGACUGAAGAUGGGCAAUGAUGUGAACGAAUCGUCACCCAAACCUAAAAAUUUCAUAAUGUAUAACAAGUACAACGUGGAAAAGAACAUAAAGAACGGUUCCAAGGAAAGGACUUCUGCAACGUCGCCAUCUUCCAUACCGAAUCCUUGCAACAGCUGCAACAGAAGCCAGGCUCCAGAAAGAUUGCACAGUCAUGCGAAAAGAGAUGCAAGAGGACUUAUGCACAGGAAAUCACCCUCUUUAGACAUUAAAAUGGCAUCCCCUCAAAAGAAAGUUCUGGAUGCAAUAGACAGAGACAAAGUGAAAAAUAAGGAAUUAAAAAGUAGUGUACCAGAAAGUGUUAAAAAAGAAAAAAAUGUAGAAAAACCUUUAACUCGACUCAAGGAGGAAAGUGAUAGUGUGUCAGACAAAGAGUUAUCCAUAGAAGAAUCAAAAAUGCCCGAAGAAGAGCUUGUUGAACAAGUGAAUAAAUGCUACAUCUGUCAAAAAGAGUUUAAGGUUUCUUCACUACUCUUACAUGAAAGUAAAUGUCUGGAGAACUGGAAAAAAGCAAAUAACUCCCUGAAUCCGAAUCUUCGACAGCUGCCACCUCGGAGGACGGAAGGCGUCGAUUUUCCGGACGACAGCAAUCCGGCAUGGGUCGCGGUCCAGUCGCAGUUGGUGCCCUGCCCUCUCUGCAGCCGGACAUUCUUUCCCGAAAGGCUACCCGUCCAUCGAAGGGUUUGCAAGGGCAAGCAGAGUCCGAGGUUGCUCAAGAGGGCUUCGUCGUUGAGGGAAAAGUCUGCGUCUUCAACGGACGGAGAGGAGCCAAAACCUGUAGUAUAUUUGCCUUGCUAUGUAUGCGGCCGAAAUUAUGGAUCAUGGGUUUUACCCAUGCAUGAGCAACAAUGCAUUCGGAAAUGGAGAAGAGAAAACAACAAGUUACCAGAUGACGAAAAAGAAGAUGAACCACAAAAAGUUACCACUCAGGGGGGUGAAAGGGCUUCCUUUGCAGCCCCUUACCGGUGCUGCAAGGAGGCGUACUGUAGCGCCGGAAAGCGUACUGGAUAUAAACAAGAGGAUGUGGCCAGCCUCAUUGAAUUGGGAGACAACGCAUGGGAAAGUCAUCUGCAGCAGCUGGUGCCCUGUCCGCAGUGUUCACGUACGUUUUUCCCAGACAGACUAAAAGUGCAUGAACGCAGUUGCAAAGGACCAUCACCUGUUGCAAGGCGCCCUCGCAGCAAUAAAGGAGGAUAGGAAUUAAGCACCUGAAGACCUUUAUACUACGCAAGCUGAUAUUCAGCUAUUUGUCUGUAAUAUAAAUGCACAGUGGACCGUUGUUGCAUGCAAACUAGCCAUGUGGGACAUAAGAGCUACAGCAUCAAAGCAGUGCAGCAUGCACCAACUGUACGGAUUUUGAAAUAAAUUUCAAAAUGGAAAUGUAAAACUAGAUCUCGUU